CCCAUUUUCCAACUGUCCCUCAGUCGGUCGGAAUUUCGGAACCACUGUAGAAUCACCGGAAAGGGGUUUAGGUGAUUUAACAACUCACUGUAGAAGAACCUUUAUUAAACCCACAGUACUUGGUCUGAUAAAUACGCAACGAGCCACUUUAUCCAGUAUUUCACCAUGGAGGCUGAACUAUGAGGGAGACAGGUCUGGAUCUGAUUAUCAUACCUCUACUCGAGCAGAGGUGUUGUGCAGCUGCAGACGACUGAGUGAACCAUGGCACAGUUCCCCACCACAUUCGCAGGUCCAGAUGUGUUUCUAAUCUCAGUGGAUGAAAGAGCCAAACAUGAUCAGCAGUUUCACAGCCUCUCUCCGACUGCCGGGGGUUACAUUACAGGUGAUCAGGCCAGGAACUUCUUCCUCCAAUCAGGACUGCCCCCUCCCAUCCUGGCCCAGAUCUGGGCUCUGGCUGACAUGAACAGUGAUGGCCGCAUGGAUAUGCAUGAGUUCUCCAUUGCCAUGAAACUCAUCAAACUGAAACUCCAGGGUCACCCUCUGCCCCCAACACUUCCUCAAAGUAUGAAACAGCCCCCCCUGCCUUUACCACCACAGAGCGGCUUUGGCCUGCCUGCCAUGCCCCCCCUCCCUCCUCCUCUGACAGGCAUACCCCCUCUGCCCUUACCCCCCCUCCCUGUCGGGGUGUCUCCCCCUCUGGUCUCGUCUGCCCCACCACCCCUCCCCCAGCCCAUUGCCAAUGGAGCCCCUCCCACAGGCAUGAUGCAGCCCAUCUCAGGCUUCUCCCACCCAGCUCAACCUGUCAACAAGUCUUCUUCGUUUAAUCGUUCCAGUACCAAGUUACAGAAGGGGUCAUCCUUUGAUGCUGCUGGCAGUCAGCCCCCCCCUGACUGGGCCGUUCCUCAGUCCUCAAGGCUGAAGUACAGACAGCUUUUUAACUCUCAUGACAAGAUGAUGAGUGGACAUCUCACUGGUCCCCAAGCUCGCACCAUCCUGAUGCAGUCCAGUCUUCCUCAAACCCAGCUCGCCACAAUAUGGAAUUUAUCAGAUAUUGACCAGGAUGGGAAGCUAACAGCUGAGGAGUUUAUCUUGGCCAUGCACCUCAUAGAUAUGGCUAUGUCAGGGUUACCGCUCCCCCCUGUGUUACCACCAGACUAUCUCCCACCCACAUUCAGGCGUGUGCGAAGUGACAGUGUUCAGUCGGAUCAGAAGAUCGUCCAGGAGGAGCUGGAGGAGGAGAUUGAGAGCAGCCAAGAUAAGAAACUACCAGUAACAUUUGAGGACAAGAAGAGGGAAAACUUUGAGCGGGGAAACCUGGAGUUGGAGAAGAGACGUCAGGCUCUGCAAGAGCAACAGAGGAAAGAGCAGGAGCGACUGGCUGCACUGGAGAGAGAGGAGCAGGAAAGGAAGGAGCGCGAACGUCUGGAGCAGGAGAGGAGACGACAGCAGGAACUAGAAAGGCAGCUGGAGAAACAGAGAGAGCUGGAGAGGCACAGAGAGGAGGAGCGACGCAAAGAGAUAGAGAGAAGAGAGGCUGCUAAGCGUGAAUUAGAGCGCCAGCGUCAGCUGGAAUGGGAGCGCCAACGUCGGCAGGAGCUUCUGACUCAAAGGAACCGAGAGCAGGAGAGUAUAGUGCUGCUGAAAGCCAGGAAGAAGACCCUGGAGUUUGAACUGGAGGCUCUGAAUGAUAAGAAGAACCAGCUGGAGGGCAAACUGAAGGAUGUUCGCUUUCGUCUGUCAGCUCAGAGGAGAGAGGUGGAGCAGACCAAUCAGACCAGAGAAACACGCAUCGCUGAAAUCACACUAUUACAACAGCAGCUGCAGGACUCUCAGCAGUGGCUGGGGAGGCUCAUUCCCGACAAACAGAGUCUCAAUGACCAAUUGAAACAGGUUCAACAGAACAGUCUGCACCGUGACAGUCUAUCAUCCCUGCAAAAGGCUGUGGAGCAGAAGGAGAGCAGCAGACAGCAGCUCAGAGAGCAGCUGGACGCCGUGGAGAGAGAGACGAGGGCCAAACUGCUGGAAAUAGAUGCGUUCAACACCCAGCUAAAGGAGCUACGGGAGAUCCACAGCCGGCAGCAGAGACAGAAACAAAAGGAGAUGGAGGGAGACACACACACACUGACACACACACUAUCUCAGAUACACACUCCGAUUGAGAGGAAGUCACCUGAGCUGCCGGAGAGAAGGUUAUCAUCAGACGAAGGUGUUUCCUGGAGGGAUGAAGCGGUGAACUCUGCCCCUCAAGCUCCCAGUCCAACCUCCAUCUCUGCACCUGACGCCUGGCUGAACAGAGUGACUCAGGAAGAGGAGGAGAGGAAGAGGAGAGGGACAGAGGAAGAGGAAGAGGGACGGAAGCGCUCGGGGUCAACAGAGGAGAUGGAGGAUGAGGGAAGAGGCAAGAAGGACAUGCAAGAUAAAUUAAACAAGCUGUUCAGCCAGCCAACUGACCCCUGGGGUUCAACAGUGGAGAAGACUCCAGGACCCAGUCUCUUUGAGAAGACAGGAGCCUGCAGCUUUGACCACCAGCAACAGCAACAGCAACAGCCACAGCAGCAACAGCAGCAACAACAACAGCAGCAGCAGCAGCAGCAGCCGCCAGUGAAAGUGGUGUACUACAGAGCUCUGUAUCCAUUUGAAGCUCGCAGCCAUGAUGAGAUCAGUAUCACUCCUGGAGAUAUAAUCAUGGUGAAGGGGGAAUGGGUGGAUGAGUCACAGACGGGUGAACCGGGCUGGUUGGGAGGAGAGCUCAGAGGGAGAACAGGCUGGUUUCCAGCCAAUUACGCAGAACGGAUACCAGACAGUGAAGCGCCGAUCAGCCUGCGAGCCACAGCCUCGGCCACACCCACCACUGCCCAGCAGCCAAUGUCCACACCUCCUCCCGCACCUGGGCACGCCUCUUCUUCCGCAUCCUCUGCUAACAGCAACUGGGCCGACUUCAACACCACUUGGCCCUCAAAUACAGCCAGUCAGUCAGACAGUGAGGGAUGGGACGCAUGGCCGACCUCUUCAGCCAGCCAGAAUCCAUCGCUCAGUGUUCCCUCAGCGCAGCUACGGCAGCGUUCUGCCUUCACACCCGCUACCAUGACAACAGGCUCCUCUCCCUCACCUGUGCUGGGACAGGGGGAGAAGGUCGAAGGUCUUCAGGCUCAGGCUUUGUAUCCCUGGAGAGCGAAGAAGGACAACCACCUCAACUUCAACAAAAAUGAGAUAAUAACAGUGUUGGAGCAGCAGGACAUGUGGUGGUUAGGUGAACUCCAGACCGGACAGAGAGGCUGGUUCCCCAAAAGUUACGUCAAGCUCAUCUCUGCCACCAUGACGCCCCCUGUUGCUGCCACAGUACGCAGCAAAAACACCAGUGAGUCUGGAGUAUCGGAGAGUCCUCCCAACGGAAAACGACCCACUCCUUCUCCACCUAAACCUUCCGAGUCUGGAGAAGAGUACGUGGCCAUGUACACGUACGAGAGCAGUGAACAAGGGGACCUGAGUUUCCAGCAAGGAGAUGUCGUCAUGGUUACCAGGAAAGAAGGGGACUGGUGGACAGGCAUGGUCGGGGGCAAGACUGGAGUCUUCCCGUCCAAUUACGUUAAACCUCGAGACUCAGCAUCAGAGGCUUUGGGACCAGCAGGGAAGACUGGCAGCUUGGGAAAGAAACCAGAGAUUGCUCAGGUGAUCGCCCCCUAUAGUGCUACAGGAGCAGAGCAGCUGACGUUGGCUCCUGGACAGCUCAUCCUCAUCAGGAAAAAGAACCCGGGUGGCUGGUGGGAGGGUGAGCUCCAGGCUCGGGGGAAAAAGAGACAGAUUGGCUGGUUUCCGGCCAACUACGUGAAGCUACUCAGUCCCAGCACCAGCAAGACGACGCCAACAGAGCCCACGCCUCCUAAACUGGCUCCUACCAGCACAGAAGCUCUGUGUCAGGUGAUCGGCAUGUACGACUACGUGGCGCAGAACGAUGACGAGUUGGCCUUUCUGAAGGGUCAGGUGAUCACCGUGAUCAACAAGGACGACUGUGAUUGGUGGAAAGGAGAGCUCAACGGAAGGGAGGGGCUGUUUCCCAGCAACUACGUCAAACUCACCACAGACACGGACCCGAGCACACAGUGGUGCGCUGACCUCCAUCUACUGGACAUGCUGAGUCCCACGGAGAGGAAGAGGCAGGGCUACAUCCACGAGCUCAUCGUCACCGAGGAGAACUACGUCAACGACCUGCAGCUCGUCACAGAGAUAUUCCACAAACCUCUGUUGGAGUGUGAACUGCUGACGGAGAAGGAAGUGGCCAUGAUCUUUGUCAACUGGAAGGAGCUCAUCAUGUGCAACAUCAAACUGCUCAAAGCUCUGAGGGUGAGGAAGAAGAUGUCAGGAGAUCGGAUGCCUGUGAAGAUGAUCGGUGACAUUCUGACCAACCAGCUCCCUCACAUGCAGCCUUACAUCAGAUUCUGUUCCUGUCAGCUGAACGGAGCCACGCUGAUUCAGCAGAAAACCGACGACAACCCUGAGAUCAAAGAUUUCCUGAAGAGGUUGGCCAUGGACCCCAGGUGUAAGGGGAUGCCUCUGUCCAGUUUCCUGCUCAAACCCAUGCAGAGAGUCACACGUUAUCCACUCAUCAUCAAGAACACCUUAGAAAACACUCCUGAGUCACAUCCAGAUCACAGCCACCUGAAAGCUGCUCUGGAGAAAGCAGAGGAGCUGUGUUCACAGGUGAACGAGGGCGUCAGAGAGAAGGAAAACUCGGAUCGUCUGGAGUGGAUUCAGGCUCAUGUUCAGUGUGAAGGCCUGUCUGAGCAACUGGUGUUUAACUCUGUCACCAACUGUCUGGGUCCCAGGAAGUUCCUCCACAGUGGGAAACUGUUUAAAGCCAAGAGCAGCAAAGAGCUGUAUGGUUUCCUCUUCAAUGACUUCCUGCUGCUGACACAGGUGACCAAACCUCUGGGCUCGUCCGGGUCGGACAAAGUCUUCUCCUCGAAAACUCACCUGCAGUACCGCAUGUACAAGAUGCCCAUUUUCCUAAACGAAGUGUUGGUGAAGCUGCCGACGGAUCCGUCAGGAGACGAACCUCUGUUCCACAUCUCUCACAUAGACAGAGUUUACACGCUCAGAGCCGAGAGCAUCAACGAACGGACUGCCUGGGUUCAGAAAAUUAAGGCUGCUUCAGAACUCUUCAUCGAGACAGAGAAGAAGAAGAGGGAGAAGGCUUAUCUAGUUCGUUCUCAGAGAGCUACAGGUAUCGGCAGACUGAUGGUCAACAUUGUGGAGGGAAUCGAGCUCAAACCCUGUCGCUCUCAUGGAAAAAGUAACCCUUACUGUGAGGUCACCAUGGGUUCCCAGUGCCAUAUCACAAAAACAUUACAGGACACGUUGAAUCCCAAGUGGAACUCCAACUGUCAGUUUUUUAUAAAGGACUUGGAACAGGAUGUCCUCUGCGUCACUGUGUUCGAACGAGACCAGUUCUCGCCUGACGACUUCCUGGGCAGGACAGAGAUUCGGCUGGCUGAAAUAAAGAAGGAUCAGGGCUCGAAAGGACCGAUCACGAAGCGGUUGCUGCUCCACGAGGUUCCCACGGGAGAGAUUGUUGUCAGGCUGGACCUCCAGCUCUUUGAAGAACCAUAAACUCAGAUCAGGACCAAAUUGAACUGGACUGGACUGAAGAGGAAGUAAGACUUGGUGAGACUGGACUGGUCUGGAUUAUUUUAGUCUGGUCAGGUUUCAGUGAUUCCGUGGCAAAAAAAGAAACUAAGAUAAAUCAGGAAAAAAAUCGGAAAGAGUCGGAAAUCAAAUGCAAUAAAACACGUGUCAAUAGAGCUCCCGUAGCCAUGCACACAACUAAGGUAGGAUACUACACUGUUCACCUCUGUAGAUGUACUGUAUAUACGAGACAACACCUGAAUCAGGGCUGUUUUCAUCAUGAAAGUGGAGAUGGUGGAUAUAUGUUGUGCCAAAACAGUCAGACACAGGCUAACAGGAGAGCAUCUUACCGAAUCACUGCUAUGAAACGUUCUCACAGCGAGCAGAAGACGGAUCAUGCUAUCAUGACACAUACUUUGUUGAAGAUACUGCAGGUCUGGAAUAAUGUCCUCUCCAGCUGUUUCCAACCUCAUAACAUUUGGGGCACCCCAGGGUCAUUAUAGGGAUCAGAUAUAUUCAGUCUGUUUUUGGUAUUGCGAUAUAUCGGUCGAUCUCUGUGGAUUUAAAGUGCGCAGUAAACUCUGACAGAGUGACAUCCAAAAAGACAACAAAAAGAUGCACUCCCAACAUGUGACAACUUUAAUAUGAAACUCAUCAUUCAAUGAUCCUGCCUGUUGCAGCUUUAACUCAUAGUUCUUUUCAUAAAACGAAAAGAAAAGCAAACCAAGACACAUUCAAAUUUGAUUUAACACGAUCAUUUUGUGUCUGGUCAGAAUUUCUUUCCCUACACUAAAUCGUCACGUCUUAAAAGUUACGGAUGUCUAACUGUUCUUAUAGGUUAAAUUACACCAGUUACAGUGAUGGCGGUGAGGAUCCAAGAGUCUUGUUUCUGUUCCAGUCCAGUCCACCUCUGUCCUGCUUCAGUCUGGUCCGGUACAUUAUUAAAUCCAGUCCAGUCCUCCAUUGGAGGGAGGUCAGGCGGGUCUUUUUCCUCUCCUUUUGCUUCAUCAGACAGUCUCACAGAGACUCCAGUGACAAUCCCAGCCCUCCUCGUCUCAACAGAACCACCCAAAACCCCUGUGUGUGUGUGUGUGUGUGUGUGCGCGUGUGUGUGCGUGUGUGUGUGGGAGCCUGAGAGACUGCUUGUUCCAAUGACUAUACUGAGUGUCAAGACGGACAGGCUAAUUAAUGGUACGUUUUGGUGUACUUUUGCUUUUUUUACGCCAAGUCUUAAGGUCAAACUCUUCAGGCUUUCAGUGUUGAGGUACUGCAUGUAAAGGGAAUUUGGAAUUCAUUUGGAACUUAUGUACAGGUUUAAUGGGAAUAAGCUGCAGCUAUAGAAAGACUUUACCACAGUAUAUGACAAGUGUCCGGUGUACAUAAAUUACAGACAUGCCUAAAUGUCCCUUUGAUAGUAAUAUUGCUGAUGAUAAUAUGGCCGAAACAGGGAACAGCUAAUUUAAAGUGAGGUACUGUAAAAGGAGAAUGUCUUAAUUUUCUUUUCUUUUUUGUUUUUUUGAUGUUGACUGCACACGGAGGGUUGUAUUUGUAGGUGAUGUUCAUCACACAGUUUACCUCUGUUGUUUUACGCUGCUGCUGUGUGGAGCUGCCACAGUGGCCAUCGCUAUGCAGGAAAGUAAAAUCAUAAAACUAUCAUGGUUCUUAGAACUGGAUUGACUUGGGGGCCCUGGAACAUGCCGAGUACAACAGAAAUACAUUUUUAUAGAAACAGCAUUUUAGAGCAUUUCCACACACUGACCCUGGGAGAGCUUGGUGUUGGAAUACUUGUACUGUGCGGCGGCACUCCUAGCACUUUCAAAAUCUAGAGCCGAGGAGGACACGACUCAACUAACAUAUGUCACACGGCGGCCAUUUUGAAUAGUCAAAAGUAGGACGUUUUAACGCGGAGAACCAGUUCAAAGAAGAUUAGUGCAAAUGUAGUUUCAGCAGAAGGUGACGGCGAGGUGUUUGAGAACAGAUUCUUCCACAUUUGGUGUUUGAGUCAGUGCAUGUGUGUUUUCAAAGUUCAUGUCGAUAUCAGGCUUGGGAUGCACAUACACUACUUUUUGCGUUGGGUAAAUUAAUAUUUGGUUUGGGUCUUGGGUUGUAGGAAAAGUGGAUUCAGAUUGUGUUAUGGCAGUCACAAGCACUUAGUGUCCGCUAGAUACAGACCAAUUUAAAUUUGUAUAUUUUGAAUGACUUUUCCACAGGGGAUUAGCUUUUAAUGUCGUUGAAAAAUGUCCUUUAGUAAAACCAUUGGGAUAAAAACUGUUUUAGUGAGUUAAUAUGAGGGGCCUCUGCUGUAACUAGAUUGUAGUUUUCAAAUUAGCAAUAGCCUGCUAAGCUUGCUAGCCCCAUGUUUAUAUCAGUUAAAAUGUGAAAAAGUAACAUUUUUGAGACAAAUUAAUUUUAACUUAAAAAGGUGGUUAUUAGUAUUCCUUUUCUUUUAAAAAAAAUAAUAAUAAUGAUAAAAGGUUUGUUAGAUUGAAUCCUUCUGGUGCCUUCACAUGUUGUGUUAGCUCGUUCACAAGAUGGUGCCAAAUGAAUGUCAACCAUUAUUUUCCUCUUUACUGACAUAAAAAGAAACAUUUUACCAAGGACACCAAGGUAUCACCUUCUGUUUUCAGUGUUCAUAUCAUUUACUUGACAUUAUUUGUUAAAAAACACAAAAUCAGGAGCGAUGUUGAAAGCAGCAUUAAUCUUCCCCGACCUGAGUGUUCAAAAUGGCCGCCAGAUUAAAAUCCAGUUGGUUCUCUCAGCAGAGUUGUAUAUAUGUUAGUUAGUUAGUUAGUCAGUAAGCUACUUGGCCUGUAAGUAAAAUUAGUCUUUUUUUUUUAUUUAAUUCCACGUUUACAGUCAUGUACUGAAUUACCACAGAGAUAACCGAUAGUUACCUUAGUGACCAGCCACUGUCCAAUCAGAAGUCAGCGAGGCUCAGCCAGGUGCAGAAUCUUGACUGUGGAGGAAGGUGUGCAUGAAUGUGUGUUUCCCCAGACUGAAGCUGAUGAUGAUGAUGACGGUGAUGGUUGUCAUCGUUAUUAUCAUCGUCCCGUCGACCCCGUACCGCCCUGUACUGUCGUCGCCUCUCCUUCUGUUUACCUUCCAGGUUGUGUAUAAUACUACUGCUAUCUGAGAGUUAAUAUAUGAACGCUACAGGGGGCGAGAGAGAGCCUGCUGUUAAUUAUCACUGUAGAAGAUGAUGUACGUUGUUGUCUUUCAAUGUUCAGAAUAAACUUCAGUUGGACCAAGA